AUGGCAACAAUAACGAAUCUUCCCGUCGAAGUGAUAUAUGUAAUUCUGGAUUUUAACAAUAUCAGUGUUCACGAUUUUGCAAAUUUUUCCUCCACGUGCAAGCAUUUUUAUCAAAUGCUAUACCCCAACUCAUUUUGGCGACGAAAGUUCGAUCAGAGAUGGCCUGGUUUGAAAAACAUUCGACAAACAGAAAUGCAUAAAGGUUACUUAAGUGUUGAAGAAUUGAUAGACGUACGAGUAAACUGUAAGAAAGAAUUGCCGCAUUUGUUGGUCCAAAUGAGCGAAAAGUAUUACCACAAUGGUUCUGAUGAGUUCUUGAAGGAAAAGCUUAAGUUCCAUGGAAACAGACCCUUCCAAUGUUUUCUUCCGUUCCGCACUGUUUUUCACGAAGGCUUUUUGAAUAAUGAAAUUUUCGAUAUGGAAGAGUUUAAUUUUUUGGUUUAUCCACCCAAGACAACACAUCACUUGAAUUAUUAUUUAGUUAUGGAUGAAUUAACAAGUUUAAAUGAUCGGUGGAAAAGGCAUCAUUAUCUAGAAAACGUAUGGGAGGAAUUUAUAAAUCGCCCUCCCAAACAUCAGCUAUUGGAAGAGGUGAUAACUUUUAUUAUACAAUGGUUUCAUCCGGAGAAAAAUGUCUCUUGCUCGCAUAUAGAUAUGGACCUGGAUAAUAUCGCACAACAAGUGAUGAAGCUUCUUAAAGUUGAGGAUCCCAAGCAUCCAAUAUUCUCGGCAUCACGUGAACAAUUCUCGAGUUGGAAAUACAAUAAUAUCUAUGAAAAUCAAUGGAACAACAGCGAGGGAAGACAGAUUAUAGAUAUUCUUUGCAAUAUACUCUUGCACAAACCAACUUUCGACGCAGUUGUACAUUCUUUGAAAUCAGAGCUCUUUCGACAAUACCUAUUUCUGAUUCAUUUCGAGUUUAAAAUAGACGCAGAAAUGAAUAUUGUACCGCUGAUAGUCAUAUUUCAGAGUGUUGCAAGAAGACUUGGCAUAUAUUGUGAUCUAAUAUCUUUUCUUAUAUCUGAUUUUCCUGCUUCUGAAAUUCUGAUGCUGGAUCCUGGAUACGAACCAACGCCAAAUUAUUGGUUACUAACAUGGAAGCCAAAAUGUGAUGUAACAAACUCUGAUGACGAACAGUGUCUUUAUAUCCAUCUCGAAGAGGGGAGAGGUGGAACCAUUCUGAAUAAAAAUAACUUGCCCAGAAUUUAUGAGUCUACGUUAGAAUGUCCCAUAAGUUUUGAUAGAUAUCCCAGAAUAAAUUUGUUAGAGCUGAUGUUAACUUUGGCUGCCCAUUAUGUGGUAGGAAUAUAUUUUGAGCUGGAUAAUUAUCGUAAUUAUCAUAGUAGAAAUUGUAAUGAGUCCAACCAAGAAGUGUUUGAAGAAGAUAGGUGGAUGGACAGGUUACUACACCUGGUAGAAGAGUGCUUGUCGAUCUCACAGACUCUUUAUAUGACAGGAAAAGAAGAUGUAUUUAAGUUCGUAGAUGAAUUGGAAAAGUGUAUAUUUUUUAUUUCAGAAUAUUUAGAGAAGCUAAAUACGCCGACACCCAUUAAUAGUUGCCAACUCGGUGAAUAUUUUUCUGAAUUUCAAGGCACUUAUUACAUACCAAAUAAGAUGCUAGCAACUGAGUAUCCAGACGAUGUAUUAUAUUUAGUUAACAACUUGUAACUUUUUUUAUUGUAUGCAAUUAUGGUAUGGUAUGCAAUUAAAAUCUCCAUAUAUGGUAAUGAAAUACUUUAAGAGUGUCGGUUCUCUCCAAUUUGCCAUAUUCAUUUUGUCAUAAACUAGGAAUGAUGUAAAUUUCUUGCGAUAACUUAUUAAGUAGUACU